AUGGAUUUGUCUCUGCCGAAGCGAAAUUGUGAUUCGCAGCACUGCGGCUUCUUUGGCUCCGAGCUCACUGCUUCUAGAAGGUUUCUGGAAACUCGUCUCCGCGGCAAGGACCAGGGAGCCAAGCAAUCUGUCGCCGAUGACAAGCGUCUCGGUCGUCUUGCCGCUAGAUCAGCUGAUCUACUCUUGCGACGUAACCUUGAACAAUAUGAGAAACGUAUCCGCAAUCUUCAGCACUCACUGCCUAAUGGAGAGAAAGAACGGGCGACCAACAAGGAAGCCAAAGACCCUGGUAACUUCCUGGCAGCCACUAACGUUAGUCCAGGGAAGGAGCAAAGCAUUGGGAGUGACUGUCUGACUGUUCAAGACACCCAUUCAUUAGAAGGCUAA